UCCCAUUUGUAACUACAAGUCUAUCUCCACUUAGGGGAUAGCUUUGCCCUUGCAACCAAACACUCAGAAACCGGAACAAGCGGUUAGUGGUAGCCAAUCUUCCCGCCUCUUUCACACACUUCAAUCUCGCCGGCGGCUGAAACUUUCUCUUCCUUCCUUCCUUCCGUCAAUCUAGAUCUCGUCUCCGGAUUUCAACGUCUGUAGAUUCGAAACCUCUCAAAUUCGUCUUCUUCUGCUUCAGACGUUGAAGUCGGGAAAAAGUUCGAAUUUGUGUUGAAGAAGUGAAUUAUGAGCAGCAGCUCCAGAGAGGGAUCUCCCGAUUGGCUUCGAUCUUUCCAGGCACCCACCACUUCAUUGUUAUCACUGUCUUCUCCAGACGAUAGUCCUCCCAGGGAAUCUGAAACCAUUUCUUCUCUUCCUGUGCCUGAUGCCGUCACUAUUGUGGAAAAAGAGUCAUCGGUGUCUCUGUCUAGGAAGGAUUCCAAAGCGAAGUUGGUGACAAAGCAAGUGAGUAUUGAGCAGGUGUUUUCUAGAAGGAAGAAGAAGAAUGCAGAUGCUACUGUCAACCUGGAAGACAAGGAGAAUGGAAGUAAAGUUGAUGGUGAAGAAGGAUCUAGCAAGCAUAAGGACGCUAAAGAAGGAGAUGAUUAUGUAUGGUUUGUCUCAUCUGAUUCUGAACCACCCUCUAGUGAACCAAUGAGUCAGCAAGUGACUAUGGCAACUGAAAAGGAUGAGGAUUUUGUUAUUGAAGCUAAAGAGGGAGAACCUGCGGUUAAGAAGGCUCCAAAGAAAAAGUCUCCGAAGAAAAAGGCAAAUAGUGGCGGCCAGUCACCCAAGAAAGCCAGUGAACAAGAAAUUUUGAAAACUGAAGAUAAAGAUACAGAUGCCACAGUCGCGGAGGAAGUAACAAAGGAUAAGAAUGUCAAGCCUUCUUCUGUAGAAUCUUGUGCUAGGACCACUAUCCUUGUUUCUUCUCUUGUUCUUCCUUCUGACCAGAUUUAUAAAUUCCAGGGCUCAAAUUCAAGAUUGCCUUUGGUACUUUCUGAGAAAGUGAAUCGCACAAAGGUACUCGUUGAAUGUGAAGGGGACUCUAUAGAUUUGAGUGGAGACAUGGGGGCUGUUGGGCGUGUGGUUGUUUCAGACACAACCGAGGACGUGUACUUGGACCUGAAAGGAACCAUAUACAAAUCAACAAUUGUUCCAUCCAGAACGUUUUGCAUUGUUAACGUUGGCCAGUCAGAGGCAAAGAUUGAAGCUAUUAUGAAUGACUUCAUUCAGCUAACACCACAGUCUAAUGUAUAUGAAGCAGAAACAAUGAUGGAAGGCACUCUGGAGGGAUUCUCGUUCGAUUCAGAUGAUGAAUCUAACAAAAACGGCAAGACUGCUUCAAAGCCAGCUGAUCAAAGUGGAGGCGCAGCGGACGUAACCAACGCAAAUGGCAAAGCUAAAGCCAAAAGCGAAAAUGUUGUAGGGAAAAAGAGAGGAAAACCAUCUAAAGAGAAGCAGCAACCAGCAAAGAAGGCUAGAAGCUCUGCUCCUAAGAAAACAAAACCCAAGAAAUGAGUUAUGCAUUUUGAUUUCUCCCUUUAUUUAUUUUUAAAAAACUUGUAAUUUUCUUUAUUCAGUUGAGACAACACUAUAUACACGAAAUAGACAAGUUUUACAUGCAUGAGUUGUGAAUCCAAUUCAAGGUAAUAAAAAGGAC